GAGUGGUACUGUGUGGUUGCCAUGCAACUGUUGUUUACAAUUAAAUAUAGAUUAAACAGUUGCAUACCAGCAGAGUCUCGAAAAGAAAAUGUCUUGAAAUUAAAAUUUAUUUUGCAAAAUUAAAAUAAAAAUUCAAUUAUUAUUAAAAAAAAUACUAAAAUGGAGUACACUUUCAAGAAGGAGCGUCGCACUUUUGGCGCCAGCGCAAGCUUCAGCGAUAAAGAUGAGGUCAUCUUUACGGAAAACUCCUCACAACAGCUCGCCAAAGGUUAUAUACUCAAAAAUCCCGUGGAUCGCGCCACGCUUUACACCCGACAAAUGGCCUUGAGUGAGGCGAACACGGAGCGCGCGACCUACAAGCAUGUCGGCAUUACGCAUAACGAAGGUGGUUGGCCCAAAGACAUCAAUAUGUCCGACCCAGAGCAGACGGUGCGUUAUAAGCGCAAAAUCGAGAAAGAUGAGAAUUACAUAACUCAAGUGAUGAAUCUCACCAAACCGAUGGAACAUUAUAUUCACCAAAAUAAUGCUGUGAAUAUUUAUGAGAAUUACUUUGAAGAUCUUGAACCAGCGCCAUUACCAGAACCGUGUCGUUCGCGCACAGUGAAUGUUUAUCGCGAUCCGAAUCCGAUAAAAGUGCCGGUCACACAUCUGUCCUGGUCACCGGAUGGUGGCAUCAAAAUGGCCGUGAGUCAUUGUGAUAUGAAAUUUCAGGGUGAUAAGUCGGGUCAACGCUGCAAUUCUUACAUUUGGGAAAUUGAGAAUCCAAAUGAACCAUUUCUAACGCUUGAGCCGAAAGUGCCGUGCGUCUGCUUGGAGUACAAUCAGAAGGAUCCGACCAGUUUGGUUAGUGGCAUGUACAAUGGACAGGUGGCCGCUUGGGAUACGCGUCACGGCAAGUAUCCGGUGAUGAUAAGUGAACGUGAGAUUUGCCAUCGUGAUCCGGUAAACUCGGUGUUGUGGAAUAAUUCAAAGAGCGGCACUGAAUUCUUCUCCGGCGGCUCAGAUGGCCAAGUGUUGUGGUGGGAUACGCGCAAGUUGAGUGAACCUUUAGAUAAACUCUUGAUGGAUCCAAUACGUACGGAUGAACAAGAUCUCUCACGUUCAUUUGGCGUCUCAGUGUUGGAGUAUGAAACUACGAUACCCACACGCUUUAUGGCCGGCACCGAAAUGGGUAUGUUAUUCUCAUGCAAUCGUAAGGGUAAAACACCCAUGGAGAAGAUACAGAUAAGGAUGAUGUGCCACUUGGGUCCUGUCUAUGCAAUAACGCGCAAUCCGGCUUUUGUAAAGAAUUUUCUGACAGUCGGCGAUUGGUGUGCGCGCAUUUGGUCCGAGGACUGUCGUGAGAGCUCGAUAAUUUGGACCAAAAAUAGUGAUGCUAUGCUGACUGAUGGCGCUUGGAGUUACACGAAGGUCUCGCAAUUCUUCAUUACACGCAUGGAUGGCGUGCUCGACACUUGGGAUCUGUUGCAACAACAAAAUCAACCGGUUUUAACGGUUAAAGUGUGUGAUGAACCGCUGCAUUGUGUGCGCACAAAUGAGAACGGUAAAUAUGUCAGCUGUGGCAGCAAGCUCGGCGCGACCUUUCUCAUUGAGGUCUCCGAUAAUAUGGUGAUGUCGGCGAAGAAUGAUAAGCCAUUGCUGACGGCGAUGUUCGAACGUGAAAAUCGUAGAGAAAAAAUUUUGGAAGCCAAAUCCCGUGAAAUCAAAUUGAAAGUCAAAACAAAUCAAGGUCAAGACCAAGGUGAUCUUACCAUGCUCAAUGGACGCAUCAAUGUGGCGCCAUUUAAAGAUGCUUGUGAGCAGGCAGCGGCAGAGUAUUUCGCCGCCGUAGAGCAGGAACGUCAAAGACGUAUACCUGGCAACAAGCGUAGAAGAAGGGGAUGAGGCUGAGCCGUCUGAUAUUGAUAGCGCAAGAACUUAGAUGAAAGCGUUGACACUAUGCGUUAUAUUUUAGUAGCACAUAUUAAAAAAAAUAUAUAUAAAUAGUACAAUUGAAGUUAAGUU